GGGUUCUUGAGGGAGGUUGCAGUGUCCCUGUGGGGGUUGCUUCCACCUUUGAGGACGGUGCUCUGACCUUGACGGGCUGCGUAACAUCGCUAGAUGGAAGCGAACACGUCGAGCAUACUCUGAAAGAGCUCGUGUCCUCUGUAGCGGAAGCUGAGGCCCUUGGAGCGCGUCUGGCAAAGAUUCUCAUUGAAUCUGGUGCCGGAAAAAUCUUGGAUGCUAUCAAUGUUGACCGAGAGAAGCGAACGAAGGAGGCAGAGAAAGCAGAGAAGGCAAAAUAAGAAAAUUUAGAGAGUGAAUUAUAAUGUAAAGUAGUGGCAGUGUAUUCCUUUGACAUGUACCCUCAUCACUAAAUGCCUCGGCGGUCCGUAUUAUGCGUUCUUCUGUCGCUCCUUGGUCUUUUCCUCGUUGGAACUGUCGUCGUUCUUUCUUCCAUUUCUUCUUACCUUGCUAUUGACCCCGACGCGUAUCUGUCCGAGCACAGUGUGCCUACACUUCGCGGUCAUGACCGCUGGAAUGCCACAGAACAUGGCCGGGUAGAACGGGUACCAAGGUUACUUCAUCAGACGGCCAAGACCGAUAUUCUCUUAGAAAAAUGGAGGUCGGUGUCGUUGCAGUGUCGGAACCUAAUGCCAGACUAUGAAUACAUGCUCUGGACAGACGAAUCCUCUCGAAAAUUCAUCAACGAACACUAUCCUUGGUUUCUACGGACGUACGAUGGAUAUCGUUUUCCGAUACAACGCGCAGACGUAAUCCGGUAUUUUGUCUUGUACCACUACGGAGGUGUAUACUACGACGUCGACAUUGGCUGCAAGCGUCCACUAGACCCACUUCUCACAUACCCUGUCAUUCUCCCCAAAACAAUCCCAGUCGGCGUCUCCAACGACCUCAUGUUCUCGACAAAAGGGCACCCAUUUUUCGCCCAGGUUAUCCACAACCUCGCCACCUUUGAUCAUUCCUGGUUUCUCAACUACCCCACUGUCAUGUUCUCUACCGGACCCAUGUUUCUUUCCAUACAGUACACUAUCUGGACUUCCUCCCACGCCGCCGCACUCAGUGACCCCAUCCGUAUCCUACCAAAGUCCCUCUACGGCAAAAACGCCAAGAACGGUGAAGCGCCGCAUUCGUUUUUCUCGCAUUUCUAUGGCUAGCAGCUGGCAUGCUGAUGAUGCUGCAUUCAUUGGGUUCCUCGGUCAUUGGGGUAAUAAGUUGAUGUUAGCGGGCGUUGUCUUCCUCAUAGCUGGGUUAGGGUUCAU